ACAACGCACGGAACGAUCGGUCGCAAUUAUUUAAAAAUAAAAAAAACACAUUUUCAAAAAACAUAAAGAAUUUUUCAUAUAACAAAUGAUAUUCUGUCUGUGCAUAUACAUAUAUAUACGCAUAUGGAUAUGAACUUGUGCAAAACAGCAACAAAUUAUAUUUGAAGUGGGUUAGAUUGGCAUUUAAGUGAAAGCAAGAAAAACAGCCAUGAAGUGAUCUUGUCAAAAUUCCAAGGAAACGAUAUCUAUUUUGACGUAUUGACCACCAAAGCGAUGAUGUCAUCGAAUGUAAACAAAGAAAUAGUGAGUGCGGAUGCGGUGCUCUCAGAUUGGGAUGGUCAAAUAGCCCUGCUAGAGCAACCUGCGAUCUCUACGAUCUGUAACGGAAGUAUUCGUUCCCCAAAUGGACAGUCGAAAGCAGCUUACAAUACCAGCCAGAGUGAUUCCCAAGGAUAUAUAGAAUUAAAUGUACACGGCGAUAGCAGCGAUACGGAGGAAAGCAUUAAAUCAAUGUCCAUAAAAAGCAGCGAAGCCGAUCCGAAUGACAAAAAUAAUGGCAAUGUUAUUGAGGAGCCCACUUCUUCUAGGACUGAAUAUGCCAGCUUAAGUGUUCAGGCUUUGGCCAGCCAAACAAGAGAUGCUCUGGGCAUAACAUCUGCUAUGGGAAGAAACACCAGUACUGAAAUUAUUAAUCGGCCAUCAUUAUCUCGCGUUGGCUCAUAUUAUCAACCGCUGACAACAGGUUCCUCGAUGGUAGCAGUUAGUAUGACUGAAAUUCUAAAUGAUGAUUAUCAGAGUGAACCUACGUCAGCCAUACUGGAUUAUUGCAAACGAACGUUUCUGCGUCCAUACAUGAUGGUUUUAUCAUUGGUUGGCCUAAAUCCCGUCUCAACGGACAUCACCAAGUGUCGAUCAUUUUUGAGUUAUUUCCAAUGCUUCACUUUAAUCGCUGUCCUAGUGUUUGGGUAUUUUUUGCAGUAUUUAUCAUCAUAUCGCGGCGACCGCGGUUUCUCCACAAACCUAAAAGGCUUACAUUCAUCCGAUGACAAUGCCUCAUUGACCGAGCCUCCGGAUAAUGGCUCCACAAACACCAUUGGUGAGUUGGUGUUUGGCUACGUCAUACCCUUCACUUUGGAUUUGGCUGGCUAUGCCUCGGCCAUUAUCUGCUGUAAGCUCAUUGAUCAGGAACAGCUACAGAAUCUGAUCGAAAGAACCUUUCUCAUGUCCAUGCAACCGAGACGCUUGUGUCGGCUUCUUUGGCUACAUAUCGUGCUGGCAUUUGUCAUAUUCGGUUGCUUGUAUGCCUACGUAUUGCCAGUGGUUGUAAUGCAGCCAACCAUCAUCAAGGUCAAGUGGCUGGUUCACUUGGAAGCAAGUCUGGGCCUAUCAGUGAAGAUACUGCUAUUGACGACCAUUGCUGUACAAGACAUUAUUGAGGUUAUUAUCCUUAGCAGCUAUUGCAUUGAGUGUUAUCUUUUAAAGGUGCAUCUUUUAACGCUUUCGCAGAAAUUGCUCCUGCAUUCCAUAGACACGAGGGAUUGGAUGCGCGAAAUUUUGGAAUUUCGCAAACUUCUGGAUCGUUUGAAUAACCACGUUUCAAUACCUGUCUCGUUUUUCAUCGUCAUGAACUUGGCCUAUGCCUUUGCGGGCUUUAUUUUCAUGUUCAAAGACUUCGAUUUCCACUAUUCGGCAUUGAAAGUGGUUGUUUUAAACUUCAUCAAUGUCGUGUUGUGGCUGCUAUUGGGCUUGCUGCCCUUCUUCAUGGCCGCCUCAUUAACCCAUGUCUGCCAAACGGUCAAAGCGAAUGGACAUCAAAUACGCGUACGACCAUUUGUUUACCACAAUACCUCCACGGACGAUCUCAACUCGAUGCUUAUGUUUGCCUCAUCGCUGGAUAUGUCGGCGAAACUCUUUCGCAUGCCGAUACAAUCGAAUUAUUUGUGUUUUGCCAUACUGGUGCUAUCCAUCGUUGUGAUAACGAUGGGCAUGUGUUUCAACUUAACUCUUUUGGGGAUGUUUUAAAGAUUCAACGCCCCACAUACCACCCACCAGUCUGCAUAUUUCCAAGUGCCAUUGCCACAACGCUAAAGUAUUACUAUUAUCUACAGCAAAAGACUCAUCGAAAUAACAAAGUGAUAUAAUCGUAUGCCUGUAAAUAUAUUUGUUAUAAAUAAUGCAAA